CAGGUGCGGGCUCUGAAAUUACCACACUACCCUUUCAUCUUAACGAACUCUCCUUUUUAAAAGCACUUUGAUCAAACGAUCAAAUGUUCUCACAUUUUUUACACAUUCAAACUUCACUGUCGCGUUCUUCUCAAGCUGAUGACUUCGAACGGAAAUGUCCACGCCGCCCUCGCCGCCGGAAAAUUAUUCUCCGCCGCUCCCACGCCGUCCCCCUGGCGCGGUGUCUCCGGCUUUAGUGAAGUACAAAGUAGUAGGCUCAAGUUAUCUCUUCCGCUUCCUUCUGUACUCAAAGAUCAUUUUAGAGUUGUUGAUGGUCCGCCUAGCUCUGCCGCUGGAAAUCCAGAUGAAAUUAAAAACCUUUUUCCAAAUUUGUUUGGCCAAUCGUCGGUAAUGCUCUUACCUGGAGGAAGUUCAAGUGAAGACAACAAGAGUUUGAGGAUUGGUGUUGUUCUCUCGGGAGGACAAGCACCGGGUGGACACACUGUGAUUUCCGGAAUUUUUGAUUAUUUACAGGAACGCGCUAAGGGUAGCAAAAUGUACGGUUUCAAGGGUGGUCCGGCUGGGAUAAUGAAGUUUAAAUAUGUUGAACUGACUUCAGAUGUUAUUAAUACUUAUAGAAAUCAGGGAGGCUUUGAUAUGAUCUGCAGUGGCAGGGAUAAGAUCGAAACUCCAGAACAGCUUAAGCAAGCUGCAGACACAGUUCAAAAACUUGAUCUGGAUGGUCUUGUAGUUAUAGGUGGGGAUGAUUCAAAUACAAAUGCUUGCAUUCUUGCUGAAUAUUUUAGGGUUCAAAAUCUUAAAACUCGAGUCAUCGGAUGCCCCAAGACAAUUGAUGGUGACUUAAAGUGCAAAGAAGUUCCAAUAAGUUUUGGAUUUGAUACUGCAACCAAGAUAUAUGCAGAACUGAUUGGAAAUAUUAUGGUAGAUGCUCGCUCAACUGGAAAAUACUAUCAUUUUGUGAGACUUAUGGGCCGUGCAGCUUCUCAUAUUACGUUGGAAUGUGCAUUGCAGACUCAUCCAAAUAUUACAAUUAUUGGAGAAGAGGUUGCUGCCCAGAAUCUUACAUUAAAAAAUGUCAUGGGUUAUAUUACCGACAUAAUCUGUAAACGUGCAGAACUUGGUUAUAAUUAUGGUGUCAUACUUAUACCUGAAGGUCUUAUUGAUUUCAUUCCAGAGGUUCAACAACUUAUUUCAGAGCUUAAUGAAAUCCUAGCCCGUGAUACCGUGGAUAAAGAAGGUGUUUGGAAAAAGAAACUUAGAAGCCAAUCUUGCCAGCUGUUUGAAAUUUUGCCUCAAGACAUUCAGAACCAACUACUCCUCAAGAGAGAUCCACAUGGAAAUGUACAGGUUUCCAAGAUUGAAACAGAAAAGAUGCUCAUCCAAAUGAUAGAGACUGAACUGGAGAAGAGACGGCAAGAAGGUUUAUACAACAAAACUUUUAUAGGCCAACCUCACUUUUUCGGUUAUGAGGGUAGAUGUGGGUUGCCUUCCAAUUUUGAUUCUAAUUACUGUUAUGCAUUGGGUUAUGGUGCUGCAGCUCUUCUUCAGUUUGGGAAGACUGGAUUGAUUUCCUCGGUUGCUAAUCUGGGUGCUCCAGUGGAGAAGUGGACUGUAGGUGGGACGGCAUUGACAUCUCUUAUGGAUGUGGAAAGAAGACACGGAAAGUUCAAGCCCGUUAUUAAGAAGGCAAUGGUAGAACUCGAAGGAGCUCCUUUCAAGAAACUUGCAUCCAUGCGAGAUAUAUUGGCUCUGACAAACAGAUAUAUCAGUCCAGGUCCUAUUCAGUUUGUUGGUCCAACAUCAAAUAUCCUCAAUGAAACACUGACACUGGAGCUCGGAGCUCAGGCCUAAUAGCUGCUUUUAGAGAAAAUCGCAAUUUAUUGGGAAUAAUGCUGAUCAACGAUCAAGAAGAAGCCAACUACAACAAAUGCAAAUAAGUCCAGGAUUUCUUCCCAUUGUAAUAUAAUAAUAGCUAAAAAUAAUGAGGGCGCAGCUAAGAAUUAAGAUCCCUCCCUUGUAUAUAGAAUUAUAGAUCACGAGAGCUCUUCUAGUUUUGUUUUUGUACCGACAAAAUCUAGUAAGCUUGUAUCGUGCCUGUUUGGUUAGCAGAAGCUAGAGCUGCUUCUCUAUGAGCCCUUCUGCUUUUCCUGAUCAGAUUGUGUAAAUAAGUAAGAAGCUUUUUUUCGAAACAGAGAAUGCUAACUUUUCUCUCA